AUGCAAUCAUCCUCAUCCAUCAUUACAGGAAUCUGUAAAUUAGAAGUCUCUUGUAAAAAAGAUGGGUUUAAAGGCGCUUGGUACAGCGCGAUUCAAAGAGAACACUCACACGGAAAUUUGUUCAGAGUCACUUACACGACGUUGCGCAAAGAAGACGGUUUGACUCCUCUGACCGAAUUCGUGGACCAGAGCUUGGUUCGGCCUGUCCCGCCCAAGGAUCUCAACGACAAGGGCUCUGUGUUUCAGGAAGGCUCGGUGGUCGACGCUUAUGCCAAAGGGGGCUGGUGGACUGGUCUUGUUUUGAAAAGGAAAGAAGAGGGUUAUACUGAUACUGAUACUUAUCUUGUUUUGAUGGAUUCACCACCAGACGUCAUUCAGUUUGAGAGAAAGAAAUUGAGAGCUCAUCUUGACUGGACCGAUGGCAGAUGGGUCCGACCAGAAAACAAGGGAUUGAUAAAGUCGGCUUUUAGUCCUGGGACCAUGGUGGAAGUUGAAGAACCGGAUACUGACUGGCGUCCGGCAAUGAUCAUUAAGGAAGUGGAGAAUGGGAAGAGCUUCAUCGUCAAGUACUUUGAUCAUAAGUCCUGCAGCUUCAGGGAGGGAUCAGGAAACGUAAUCGUUGAUUCGCGAGAAGUCAAGCCUAGGCAACCUCUUGUAUCUGUUGCAGACUAUGACGUGUUGGAUCAGGUAGAGGCCUUGGCUGGUUUAAAAUGGCGUCAACGUGUGGUGAGGGGAGUUAUCUAUAAGGGACUACGUUACAUGGUAAGUUCUAAGGAUUCAAAGGUGGCGUCGCAAUUCAGUGUCUCAGAUCUUAGGCCUCCAAUGGAGUGGAAAGAUGGGAUAUGGCAAAACAGAUCACCAAAGCCAAAAGAAACUCGUUCAAAAUCCGGAAUCUUUGGCAAAUGUUACACUCGUAAGAGGAGAAGAGGAGGAGGAGAAGAACACAAUCCAGACCUCAGUGAUACUGUGUUAUCCUCGGAUCGAACCCUCACUGUGGUGAAUAACUCUACUGCUAAUGUUGAGGAUACAAGAAAGGUUUUACCUUUUGCGAAGAAGUCACCGAUUUGGAAGGCAUAUGAAGCAAUGGAUGUCUUCAAAACAUUACCGCAAAAUCCUCAUUUCAGCCCAUUAUCUGAGACUAAAGAAGAUUUCCGUGAAGGGUCUGCGUUAGGUAUGAUGGCUACUUUCUCCGGUUUAUUAGAGAACUUCAAAGAUUUGGAAACCGACGUUACCAAAAGCCAACUAGAUACCAUGAAAGACUCGUUUACCGAGCUAGAGCAGCAUGGAUUCGAUGUUGAGAGGCCUUUGCUGCGGAUCGAAAAGCUGUUGGCUUUUAAAGAUAGACAGGUGAGCAUACUGAAGGAACGAGAAGGUUUCGAGAAAGAGAUGAUGGUUGAAUCUAGCAAGAAGCGCAAGGCUGAACAAGAGUUUAGUGAUAUAGAACGCAAGAUGCUUGAGGUGAAACAAGAGAUUCUAAAGCUGCAGUGGCAAGAAGCUGCUCUGAGAGAGGAAAAGGAGGUGGCAAAAGAAGAGAAGGAUGCUGCCUACAAAAACAUAUGUGAGAGGGAGUCAUGUGGAAGAGAGCUUAGUGCAGAGCUUGAAGAUGUGGAGUUUGACUUUGAGACUAUUUUGUCAGCUCCAUGGUAA